AUGUCCAUCAGGAUAGCGCUCGACAAUGCGCCCGAGUUCUUCACCAACCUCGACUCCGUCACCGGCCGCGUCGUGCUGCACCUGAGUCGGCCCGAGCAAGUCGGCGGCAUCGUCGUCAAGCUCGAGGGCGAGUCCAAGACGGCCCUCGGCCUGCCCCAGGCCUACGACGACCGCGCUCCGCGACCCGGCGGCGGCCCCGGAAGCAUCGCCAGUGAGAAUCACAAGAUCCUCUACCGCGUCGCUCAGGUCUUCCCCACCUACGAUGAGGACCUCGCCGGCGGCAGCUCCAGCUACUCCCAGAGCUACAUUCUCCAGGGCGGCCAGCACGAGUUCCCCUUCACCUUCAAGCUGCCCAUCAACAACGCCUGCAGUGACCCCGUCGCCAUGUCCAAGAUCGGAGGUAUCGGCGGCUUGGGAGGCUUCGGCGCCGGCAUCGGCCCUUUCGGCCUCGGAGGCGCCCGCGUCAUGGACGGGAGCAAGCAGCUGUUCCUCCAGCACGUCACCAAAACCCUGCCGCCCUCCUUCACCGGCUUCCCCCGCCAGGCCGAGGUCCGGUACUACAUCAAGGUGACCAUCCAGCGACCCGGCUUCCUGAAGGAAAACUGGCGUUACCAGAUCGGCUUCAAGUUCAUGCCUAUCGAGCCGCCCCGGCCCCCAGCCACGACGCAGGAGGCCUUUGCCCGACGGCCCUUCACCUUCAAGCCGCGUGCGCAAGGCCUCCAGAAGAAGUCGUCCCUCUUCUCCUCGAGCAAGGACGACGCCGCCGACUCGGCCGCCCUGCCGCCGUCCAUCGAGCUGUCGGCGCGCCUCCCGCACCCGCCCAUCCUCACCUGCAACCAGCCCAUCCCGCUGCGGCUCAUCGCCAAGAAGCUUGUCCCCUCGCACGAGCAGGUCUUCCUGACCUCCAUCCAGAUCGAGCUCGUCGGCAAGACGCUCGUGCGGUGCCACGACCUCUUCAACACCGAGACCAGCAAAUGGAUCGUCGUCACGCAGACGGGGCUCAGCGUGCCCAUCCUCGGCGACCCAACCUCGGAGGACCUCUCGCUCGAGUCCGUCAUCCCCGACGACCUGUGGCGGAACAUCCCGCUGCCCAACACCGUCGCCCCGUCCUUCGCGGCCUGCAACCUCCAGCGCCACUACGAGCUCGACAUCCAGCUGGGGCUGUGCUGGGGCAAGCCGCCCAGCCCACGCGGGUUCCUGAGCUCGUCCAAGGAGAACCCCGCGGCGCAGUCCAUCUUCCUGCCGCUGCACUUUUCCAAAGUUCAAAUCUACUCGGGCAUCGCGCCGCCGCCGCAGCUGCUGGCGGCGCUGCGGGCGCAGGCCAACAGGCCCAGCGCCGCAACGCUCAGCGUGCCGCCGAGGCUGCCCCCGCGGACGGCGCAGUCCACGCCCCUGAUGCCGACGCAGCAGUAUCGUCCCGGACAGCAGCGGCCACCCGCGGCAGCGGCAGCGGCAGCAGGAUCGCAGGCGCCGCAGUAUGACCCCCUAUACCCGCCUCAGAUUGGCACGCCCGGAGCCGCCGUCUUCGACGAGGCGCCGCCAAGCUACGACGAGGCUUUGGCCGCGGGUGCGUCGGGCCCAGAGGAGAGGCCGGCGUACAGCGGUGUGACGAACGAGAAUGCCCCCAGUCAGAUCCCGGAGAAGAGCUAG